AUGCAGCUGCACUUCGAGCCGGGCCGGCGGCUCUCCGACGUGGCCAGGGGCGCCAGGCUUCUGCGGUCGCGUCCGGGCUCGCAGAUGACCUCGCCGAGCGUGUCGUGCGCGAAACGCCUGGAGCUUGGCGUAGCCAUCCGCAGCGGCAGGGUCAUCUCCACGAGGGUCGAGCGGAUGGCCAGGAUCCCCCAGCGAGGACAGUCUGCCACGAAGUGGUCCACGUCGUCCGAGCCCUCCAUGCCGCAGGUGCCGCAGAGGCCCAACACGUCGGAGCACAUGAAGCGCAUGCGACGCCCUCUGCGGGCGCGUCGGAGCCGCGCGGAGCCGCAGAGGGCGACGCUCAGCGGCCGGCACCGGCACGGCGAGCCACAGCCCGGGGCGGAGCUCCGCACCCCCGCCUGCGAGCGCCACGCAGCCGACGUCCGGCCCGAGGGCUGCGCUCAGGCCAACGCGACUUUCCGGGUGCCUCAGCUCGACUGGGAGUGCGCCGCGGACUUGAGUGCGACCGAGUCCGAGUGGAGAGGCGGCGCCGCCCCCGCCGAUUUCGAGGAGCUCCUCGGGUCCAUGGGCGACAUUUUGGGCGAGACUGCGACCGACGCCAGCUCACGGGGUCGAAUAGGUGACGUCACCACGACCAUCGCCUGCGAGCACACCCCGUCGCAGAGGCGCGUGAUGGAUAAGCUUACGGUGGAGGUCAGCGUGGAGAUCUCCGAGCGUGUCUCGCACGGACGCACCCAGAUCGUGCUGACCAUAGAGAGCCUCGGGGAGCUCCGCGCCAGGCGCGCGGGCGAGGCAGAUUACCUGGCGCCGCUGCAGCGUCGAUUGAGGGUGUCCGGCCCCGGGUACGGGGAGAUCACGUUCAGAGUGCGCGUCCACCCCAACGUAGACGCGACGGGUAACCUGUACGUCAGCUUCCAGUUAGAGAAGGCCGACGGCCGCCUGGCGUCCCUUGAGCUGCGCUACGAGCUGUGCGUCGUGGAGCUGCUCGCGGACACGAGCCGCCUCGCCGACGGAGCCCCGCGGCGCACCCCGCCCAAGACGGAGGUGCUGCGAGGCACCCGGGCCGAGUUUCAGCAGGCGCUCGGCGUCGCGGGGCAGCCGACGGACUUCCCACUCCUGCGCGGACACGAGGGCAGGCUCACCCUGACGCUGCAGGUGUCCGUGGACGGCCACACGAUGAGGCGCGCGGUGGAGGCUGACCACGUGACCUGGCACGAGUUCGCCAGUCCCAAGUUCCGCUACUUGCUCAUCAGCUCAUCAGGGGAGCCCGACGUCGAGGACGACGCCGGCGACGGAGACUCCGCCGCGUCGUACGCCCUGGACGCCCACCUCCUGAGGGCGCACCUGCUGCGCCAGGGCGUCGGGUCCGACCGCAUCCUGCUGCUGGACUACGACGGGCGGGCGAAGCUGAGGCGGCCGUUAGUGCCCCGGGGCGUGGAGGCCAAGUGGAAAGUAGACCGUCGGACCGAGGCAUGA